UAAGUAAUUAGAACAAUGUCAGAUAAACAAGAAGAUCCUCCACCACCGGUCAAGCGUUACAGGCGCGAAGAAAAGUCGUCGGAAUCGGAGGAAGAAGUGGAUAAUUACGAACCAUAUGUUCCGGUAAAAGAACGUAAAAAACAGAAACUCAUGAAACUCGGUAGGCUCGGGCAAUUGGCUGCUGAGGCUUCUGCUGAGCCUAAAAGCUCCAGUGACAAUGAUCCAGAUGAUGACACGUCCCAAGAAGAAUGGGGUCGUCGCUACAAUGUGUCCCUCCUCGAUCAGCAUAGUGAACUUAAACGCCUGGCAGAGGCCAGAGCACUUUCUGCAGCCGAACGGCAAGCCAGAGAGGAGCAGCAUAUACUGGAAAGCGUUGCCCAGAGCAAAGCGUUGAUGGGUGUUGCCGAAUUGGCCAAAGGCAUUCAAUACGAAGAGCCCAUAAAAACUUCCUGGCGGCCUCCUCGCUGCAUCCUCCAGCUACCCGCAGAGAGGCACGACCGCGUUAGACAACAACUUCGGAUUCUAGUUGAGGGAGAAGAUGUACCACCGCCUAUAAAGACUUUUCAACAUAUGAAACUGCCUAAAGGCAUUAUCCGUGGUCUAGAAGCGAAAGGCAUAAAGAAACCGACUCCAAUCCAGGUGCAAGGCAUUCCAGCUGUUCUAAGCGGUCGCGACAUGAUCGGCAUCGCCUUCACCGGGUCCGGGAAAACUCUGGUGUUCGCCCUACCGCUACUCGCUUUGUGCUUGGAGCAGGAAAUCAAGAUGCCAUUUAUCAGAAACGAAGGACCCUACGGUCUUGUGAUCUGUCCGUCUCGGGAGUUGGCGAAGCAGACGUAUGACAUCAUUCUACACUUCAGCAAACACCUUGCCGCUACUGGCAUGCCAGAAAUACGCAGCUGCCUCGCUAUUGGCGGAGUGGCUGUGUCGGAAUGCAUGGAGGUGGUUCAGAAAGGUGUUCACAUCAUGGUGGCUACACCGGGCAGACUGAUGGACAUGCUCGAUAAAAAAAUGGUGCGCCUAAAUGUCUGUCGCUACCUUUGCAUGGACGAAGCAGACAGAAUGAUCGACAUGGGCUUCGAAGAAGACGUCAGAACAAUAUUCUCUUAUUUUGCUGGCCAGAGACAGACGCUACUGUUCAGCGCCACUAUGCCCAGAAAAAUACAGAACUUUGCCAGAUCGGCUUUAGUGAAACCGGUGACAGUGAACGUUGGCCGCGCAGGCGCAGCGUCACUCAACGUGAGACAGGAGCUGGAGCCUGUCAAGGCCGAAGCACGUACAGUUCAUCUUCUACAGUGUCUGCAGAAGACUCAGCCCCCGGUGUUGGUCUUCGCUGAGCGGAAGCAGGACGUUGAUGCCAUCCACGAAUAUUUGCUUCUCAAAGGAGUGGAAGCAGUGGCUAUACACGGUGGAAAGGACCAGGAAGAACGAUCGCGCGCUGUGGAAGCCUUCCGAAGAGGCGAAAAGGAUGUAUUAGUGGCUACUGACGUCGCCAGCAAAGGUUUGGAUUUCGCUAACAUUCAACACGUUAUAAACUACGACAUGCCGGAAGACAUCGAGAACUACGUGCACCGCAUUGGACGAACGGGCCGAGCGGGGGGAGAGGGGGUCGCUACCACGCUACUAGGUAGAGCAGCAGACGACAGUGUUUUAAGAGAUUUGGCGCAUUUAUUGAGAGAAGCUGGACAAAAGGUGCCAUCUUUCCUAUUGGACAUGAUAGGCGAGCCGGAAGUACCAGUGCCGGACGGACAAGGCUGCUCUUACUGCGGCGGAUUGGGACACAGAAUCACAGAAUGUCCAAAACUGGAAGCUGUGCAGAACAAACAAGCCUCCAACAUCGGCAGACGAGACUACCUCGCCAAUACAGCAGCCGAUUAUUAAAUGUGCUUAAUUUAUUAUUAAGAAAGUUUUACUUGUGCUGUAAGGU